UCACGCCUGAUAUUUCGGAAUCUUCCGCCGACCAUAACUCCUGAAUCUUUCUCCAAAUCUCUCGCCUCCCCUGCUUCGCUCUCUGACAUCGUCAUCACUGACACUCGGGUCAACCCCAAGCGGCGCUUCGCCUUUGCAGGGUUCAAAUCGCCUGAAGAUGCUGCCAAGGUGCAGUCAUGGUUUGACGAUACAUAUGUGUUUGGCGGUGGGAAGGUCAAGGUGGAGGUAGUACGGGAACGACCCCUUGAGGUAAAAUCUUUCCAAGCACGGAAACCUCCAGUUGCCACGGACCUCAAGGAAAAUGUGGUGGCGGAUGGCAAGUUAAAGGAGUUCAUGGAAGUGAUGAAGGGUAACGGAGCGGCUGCUAGCUCUUCGAAGUCUCCUGCUGUCCCUGGAGACGACGGCUGGAAGGUGGAUGGAAUGAAAAGCAAGAAGGAGAGAAAAGCUAGACAACCACCCCAGCAAUCCGAUGAUGCGGCACCCUCCGCGGAUGCUGAGGUGAUGGCGGUAGAUGACGAUGCUGAAUGGCUACGACAACGGCAGAAAACGGAUGUGGCGUUGGAUGCAGAGGAGGUAGGAGACACGCAGUACGAAGUCCCUGCUGCCGACGAAUCUGACGUUGGUCCGGACGAACGAUUAAUCCUCUCCACAAGUCGACUCUUCGUACGUAACUUACCCUUCGUUACCACUACUUCUGAUCUCGAAACCCACUUCUCUCGAUUUGGUCAGGUGGACCAAGUCCAUCUUCCUCUCUCGCCCGCCGGCCAACCAUUAGGAACAGCAUUCGUCUUGUUUCGUCGUCCAGAAGACGCUCUCUCAGCUUUCAGAGAAUUGGACAAGACGACUUUUCAGGGAAGGUUAUUACAUGUUCUUCCUGGUCGCGCUAGGCCUGGACAUGAAGUAAGCGGAGUGGGAAAGGGGGAUGUCAAGAAGGGUGUCGAAACAAAACGGAAAGAACAAAGUGCUAAAGGAGUGAACUGGGCCUCUUUGUAUAUGAAUAGCGAUGCCGUAGCAGCCUCAGUGGCUCAACGUAUGGGCAUAUCCAAAGCUGAGCUUCUCAAUGGGGAUGAUGGAAAUGCCGCUGUGAAGCUUGCGCUUGCGGAGACGCACGUGAUUGAAGAGACAAAACGAUAUUUCGAAGAACAAGGCAUUGUGAUUGAAGCACUCUCCCCUCGUACACCUCGUUCACAAACAAUCUUAUUAAUCAAGAACAUACCCUUCGGUACCUCUCAACAUACCCUCACUGAUCUUUUCUCGCCGCACGGGGAAAUCAAGCGAUUGUUACUUCCACCAUCUGGCACUCUAGGAGUGGUGGAAUAUGUCAAUGCUUCUGAUGCUGGAAAAGCGUUCAAAGCGCUGUCUUACCGACGUCUGGGAAAUGCUGUUCUAUAUCUCGAGAAAGGCCCAGUAGGGAUGUUCCUUGACAAGGAACCUACAACGGGUCCCACAGUGACGAAGGUGACUGAUGUUGCACUGGAAUUGACAGAAAGAGUUGAAAAUGCCUCCAAAGAUGCCCCUGAUCCGUCGGACGAAGCCGGGUCCACGCUGUUCUUGAAGAAUCUCUCGUUUGCAACAACCACAGAACGCUUGAUAUCCGUCUUAUUUGCCAUACCAGGGUAUUCUUUCGUUCGUGUACAGACAAAACCAGAUCCGAAACGGCCAGGAGAGAGACUAUCGAUGGGGUAUGGCUUCGUGGGAUUCAAGACCAAAGAAGCGGCUAGUAAAGCUUUACCGGGAUUGGAUGGAUUCGAAGUGGACGGAAAGAAGUUGGAAGUUAAGUUUGCUCAGAGGGGAGUUGAGGACGUGCAGAAGGAAGAGAAAGGGGGUGAAAUGAAGGGGAAAUCGAAGGGGACUAAAUUAUUGGUGAAGAAUCUGCCGUUCGAAGCCACCAAGAAGGAAGUCAAGGAGUUGUUUUCCGCCUAUGGUCAGGUCAAAUCCCUUCGAGUACCCAAGAAGCCCACUCUGUCCGCAUCCGGAGCUCAUUCUUCUCGUGGAUUUGCUUUUCUGGAGUUUACAACCCACGUCGAAGCUCAGCGUGCUAUGGACGCACUGAAACACACCCAUUUGCUAGGAAGACAUUUGGUGAUUCAAUGGGCCAAAGAAGAUGAUGAGGUGGAUGUGUCAGGUCUAAGGGAGAAGGCAAGUAGGGAUGCGAGGUUUUUGACGGAUGACGGUGGCGGUGAAAGGGCAAAGAAGAGGAAGGUGAGAAUGGAUGCUACGGCUGAGGAUAUGGAUGGUUUAGAAGUUUGA